UAUCAGGCAUGGGCCCUCAGUUCAGCCUGCGCUUCGCGCUCAGCCCGUUCCACGAGCCUUUCCCACGAUGUCGGCGGCGCGUUUGGGGCGGUAGCCCGUCGUGGCGCGUUCACGGGGGCCUUGGCCACGGUGCGAGCGAGCGCUCGGCGGUCGGCCCCGUCGGCCCUGGCGGCCUGCUGGGACUGAGGGGUGGGGAAGUGAUGUGCGGCCGGCGUGGUGCGUGGUGCGAGUGAUAUGAGGACCUGCCUGGAGCGGCCCCUGCGGGAGCGGCCCCCACGGCGCGGGGCCCGCGAGGCCCAGCAGGCCCGGGGGCAGCAGGCCCGCCCGCGCAGCGCGCGCCCGUCAAGAGACAGCGGCGGCGGCAGCAGCGGCGGCGCUAGGACCUGAGCACGCCGAGGGCCCCGGGCCCGACCCGGGCCAGCAGAAUGCAGAACAAGGAGGGCGCCGGGCCCGGCCAGACCCACGGCCCGGGCCAGGCCAACGCGGCGGAGCACGUCCAGUACGUGGGCCCUUACCGGCUGGAGCGCACGCUGGGAAAGGGGCAGACAGGUUUAGUGAAACUGGGCGUGCAAUGUGUGAGCGGAAAGAAGGUCGCCAUCAAAAUUAUCAACCGAGAGAAACUGAGCGAGUCCGUCCUGAUGAAGGUGGAGAGGGAGAUAGCGAUAAUGAAGCUGGUGGACCACCCCCACGUCCUGGGCCUGUCGGACGUGUACGAGAACAAGAAGUACCUGUACCUGGUGCUAGAACACGUGUCGGGCGGCGAGCUCUUCGACUACCUGGUUAAGAAGGGUCGGCUCACCCCGAAGGAGGCGCGCCGGUUCUUCAGGCAGAUCAUCUCGGCCCUGGACUUCUGCCACAGCCACUCGAUAUGCCAUCGCGACCUGAAGCCCGAGAACCUCCUGCUGGACGAGAAGAACAACAUCAAGGUGGCCGACUUCGGGAUGGCGUCGCUGCAGCCCGCCGGCAGCAUGCUGGAGACCUCCUGCGGCUCGCCGCACUACGCGUGCCCGGAAGUGAUCCGGGGCGAGAAGUACGACGGGCGCAAGGCGGACGUGUGGUCGUGCGGGGUGAUUCUGUACGCGCUGCUGGUCGGCGCGCUCCCCUUCGACGACGACAACCUCCGGCAGCUCCUCGAGAAGGUCAAGAGGGGUGUGUUCCACAUACCGCACUUCGUGCCGCCCGACUGCCAGAACCUGCUCCGGGGGAUGAUUGAGGUUAACCCAGAGAAGAGGCUAACGCUGGCGGACAUCAACAGGCACCAGUGGGUGACGGCCGGCGGCAAGGGCGAACUGGAGCUGGAGCUCCCCAUGAUGGAGGUGGUGCAGACGCACGUUCUGCCCACAGAGGAGGCCAUGGACACGGACGUCCUGCAAGCCAUUACCUCGCUGGGAUGCUUCAAGGACAAAGACAAGCUUGUGCAGAAGCUGCUCAGCUCGGAGCACAACACGGAGAAGGUCAUCUACUUCCUGCUGCUGGAGCGGAAGCGGCGCCGGCCGGCGCACGAGGACGACACCGACUCGGUGCUGAGGACGCGCCUGGAGACGCCCGACCCGCCCAGGAAGCGGGUGGACGCCUGCAAGGUCAACGGCACGUCGACGUCCUUUGGGAGGAUCUCGGAGGGCAGCCCGCUCACGCCGCGGAGGCUCGCAUACCACCAGCGGCACCACCGGCGGCCCCUCGCGCCCUCCGUGGCCGUCACCAACCAGCAGAACUCGGCGGGCUCGACGAGCGGGCCCAGCGCGGCCCUGGCCGGCAUCCUGUCGCCGCUGCCACAGCGAGCCACGCACCACCACCACCACCACCAUCACCACCACCAUCACCACCACGCGAACAGCACGGCGCGGGCCGGGGCAGGCUCGCCCACCGGCACGCCCAGCGGCCAAUCCUCCACGCCGGGCAGCCCCAUGGUGCAGCGCGCGCGCGCCGAGAGCGUGGACAGCAGCUCCGAGGCCUCGGGGGCGCGGCCGCACCACCACCACAACAGCGGCGGUGGAGGCGGCUCCGGAGGCGGCGGCGCCGGGGGCGGCUCGUCGGGGGGACACCGGUCGCGGAAAGCGUCCACGUCGAGCGGCGAGGGUUCCAGCAGCUCGGGGGGCGGCGGGGACUCGGUUCUCGGCACGCCCCCGCCCCCUCCGCCCGCCAUCGUGCUCCGCAGCGCCCCCGGCGGCACCCUGGCAAGCCUGGGGCCCUUCACCCCUCCCGGAUCGCCCAUCGCGUCAGGAGUGAGCUCGGGCGUGAGCGCCGGCACCCACUGGCGCUCCAGGCUCAACACCCUCAAGAACUCCUUCCUAGGUUCGCCGCGCUUCCACAGGCGGAAGAUGCAAGCGUCCUCCGAGGAGGUGCAUCUGACGCCGGAGUCCUCGCCCGAGCUCACCAAGAAGUCGUGGUUCGGCUCGCUGAUGGCGACCGAGAGGGACGAGACCUUCACCAUCCUGCUAAAGGGGAGGCCGCUGGCCAACGUCAAGGCCGACCUCAUCCACGCCUUCCUCUCGAUCGCCGAGCUGAGCCACUCGGUGGUGUCGCCGCUGUCGUUCCGGGUCGAGUACCGGCGGGGCUCGGCCGGCCCGGCCAUGUUCCAGAGGCAGGUCCGCUUCCAGGUCGACUUGUCCUCGGUGGCCAAGGACCCUCAGGACCCGCUGUACGCCAUCACCUUCACGCUUCUCUCUGGCAACAUCCGCCGCUUCCGGCGACUUUGCGAGCUGAUCCAGGCGCAGGUGUGCAGCCGGCGGCCGCCGCCCAGCCCGCGCGCCCAGCGCAAGUUCGCACAGGAGCUGAGCGAGUCGUCGUCGUGCGGCUCCGACACCUCGGAGAGACUGUCGCCGCACCCGGGCACCAGACAAAUGUCGUGGUCCCAUGUGGAGUCGGACUUGGAGAGCGACUCGUCUGUCUUUGACGUCAAGAGUCCAUCCAGGGACAACGGCAACUCGGUGCUGGCUCGCCGGCGCUCCUCCGCCUCCAACAACAACAAUCUGGUGUCCGCCAACGGCUCGUCGACGGCCAACGGCAGUGCCAACGGCCCCAGCAACGGCUCCACGAACACGGCGGACGGCAGCCUGGCCAGCAGCCUGGUGUCUCCUCAGGGUGAGAGACCACCAGGGACGCCGCCCACCCCCGCCAGCGCUAGCGCCAGCGGCUCCGGAGCGGCCACACCGGGGACACCCGGCACCUGCCCUGGGACGCCGUGCACGGCCACCCCCGGCACGCCCGGCGCCACGCCGCCGCCGCCCCGCUCCAGCAGCGAGAGCAGGACCUCCCCGGUGCGCGCGCGCUCAGCGCACUCCUCCGGCUCGGUGGCAUGAGCAGCCGACAACCGUCACGCCACUCUUCUUGGGGGUUGCUGACACUUCGACGGCAUUUUUAUUUUCCCAAUUCCUAAGGCGUGUCAGGAGUCCCCAAACAGCAGCAAUAGAGAAGCUGCCCGGCGCGGCUCCUGCACGAGGGCGCCUCGGCUGUCCGCUCGUGCUGGGGUUCAACAUAGUGAACAACGAGGCCGAAGCAAAUAAAUUGUGUUCACAGUGAGAUUUUUAUCUAUAAAUAAUUCUUCUCUUUGAAAUGGACGGUUAACCUUUUAGUCGUCGAUAAGUACUUUUGCAAAUACACAAGAGAUAUUGCAGGAGCCUGCAAGGCUAGGGCGCGCUACAAGCCAAGUUGUUUUUAGCUCUAGAACCGAUUUUGUGAUAUUUGUAAUAACACUGAAUUCCGAAAUGGUCUUCCUGUAUCUAUUCUGAUCUAUUCUACAAAGUGUGUACAUAUUGUGAGUUCGGGUAGGGGCCGGCCGGGUCUUGACUUGAGGGCUUUAAGGACCCAAGAAGGCCCGGUGACGAAAGAAUUUGUGAUACUCUAUGCAAAUCAUUGACGGAUGUGAUGUGGUUUCGGCUUGUUUUGUGUUUGUGUGCGUGGGCCAAAGGCAGUGAAUGAUGUUAUUAUCGCUUCAGCUAAUUAUAUUAAAUUAAAAGUCAUUUGGUGAAGAUAAAUUUUUAUAAGCUAGUCUAUUGUUUGUAAAACUGUUGCUUUCUUUCCUCUGUCUUGCAGAUGGCAAGAUAAUAAUUCCACUGAUGACAUAUUAGAGGUUUUGGUCUUGAAUUGACGCACUGAGUAGGCUAUCACCUGUUUGUGUAUUUGUGGGUGUGUUACAGAGAGGCUGCAGUCCAAACGCUGUCAAGCCCAGUGCCAAAGUAAUGUCUCAGGCCAGAGGUUGGACUUUGUAAGCUAAUUUGUUGGACCGUUCGCUGAUUGUGUUAAUAAUGUUGGUAUAAGUAAGAGGAGGGAGAUGUGUUUGUAUUUACGCUUCUAUUGUUUAUUAUGGAAAUCCACUGUUGUUCUCAGUUCCUAAGUUCUCAUGUUUAAGGGAUCUGAUUUUUAUUUAAAAUUGCGUUGGGCAUAGUAUUUAUUGCUUGAUAUUACUUAUACUAGUUAUAGGGCAGACUGAGAGCAUUCCCUUUUAGUGUUCCGAAUUUAUUUUUCGCGAGACAAAUCAAAGUUUGGGAUUGUUUGCGGAUCAUAAACACGCGCCGCCAUCAGGCCUAGCCUCGCCUUCAAUAAGCCUUCAAGCGUGUGAAAAGAUCUUUUCUGUUCGCCGUCCAAAAAAUGAAAACGCACGCUAACCCGCCAGCCUCAUGGGCUCCGGACUGGAAGUAGGACCUUGCAUCCCAAAACAUCGUCAAUUCACCAGUAUCUUUAUAAUGUUACCAAAUUUAUUUUAAAUCCAAUCGAGCCAGAAAGUAUAUUUUUACGAGAUGACGCGGAACGCUUCGUUCAGAAGUAACUAGUCAAAAAUGUAGGUGAAAGUAACUUGAGAGCCCAGCUCGCCUCGCAACUCGAUGUAGGAGCAGGGGCCGCCCCCACCAAAGGAGCUGACACUUGGCACCUCGGGAACAGCGAGCUUCGUACCUUAGUUUAAAACCCCUCCACAAAAGAGCAAAUAUUGCUUCACAAUUCUGCUUUUUUUAUAUCGAAACUGCGUGCAAACUAGUUUGUCUUUAAUGGAGAAGAAGGGCUUCCGGCUCGGCUUCCGGCCGCCAUUUUUAUUUUGACUCUUUAGGCGUAGGGAUAUGUUGAUAUCUCGAAUCUCGAAUCCAUCCACCGACUUACGUGCCUGGCCCACCAUACGGAGUUGGCUGCGCCAGCCGCGUGCGGCCCACCGCCGCUGCGCCUGCCCCGCAAGUGUGAUAUCUAUAGAGGAACUGAGGUGAUCACUCGUCGCAGCGCUUGCGAGUGACGGAAAAUGGUAUUUAUAUACGAGUAUUAUCGUGUGUGUGGAUCUUUCCUUUGUCUUUUACUAUUUGUCCAAGAUUGGCACUCCCGUUUUGUUACGACAUUAAAUUGAAACACUGUCUUUGUAUAUACUAUGGUGCCGGUAUAUAAAUGCUACUUUGCUUGUGCAAUAAAGUCUAGCCCACCAAUCGAU